CUCUAACUUGCUUUUAGAGUACUCAAACUUUAUAUAAAUAAUGAAGGAAGAAGACAACAAUAUCAAAUAAGAAGAAAAUCAAUUUUUUAUCCCACAUUAUAUCAUGCCCAUAAACUACGCUCCAAUUCCAAGCGAAAUAGAGAAUUACAAGAUAGCAAUACAUCAUUUAACCGAAGAGAAUCUCUUUUUGAGAAAGCAACUCCAACACAAUCAAGUCUCAGACGUUCUCUCUUUGGAUGCAGAGUAACUAAAGGAUGAAGUGUUUAAAAUGAUUGACUAUCUGAUGAAAAAUCUCAAUUACCUUCCGAAAGAAUAAAUCUUUGCCUACCGAAAAACAAUUCGAUCGUGCACACAAAGGAGUGCACUCAAAAGAAUCUAUUUUCUUAUCUUUACCAGAUAUUUAUAAGCUGAAAAAACUAAAGAAGAAAUGAUUAAAUUCAUUCUUCGCAAAAGUGUGAAGUUUUAGAAGCCCACUAGUCCCAUACAGAAACACGAAAUGAAGAAAAUGAAUAAUGCAUUCGUUUAGCAAUUAUUUCUAUCACCUCAAUAUCAAUCACAUUACUCAAGUUUUCUAAGUUAAUACCUACAAUUAGCACUUGAUGAAAAUAAACAAAAAAUUCAAAAAUAUGUGAAUUUCAUAGUGGAAUCAAUAUCAAAUGACUAAAUCGAAGAUGUCCUAAACUAUAAAAGAUUUCCAUGGUUGAAUGAGUGGAUACAACAAUCCGUUUAGAUUGCUAAAGAUCUAUAGUUUAGUAGCAAACCCCAAAGUUUGGAGAACAAGAAAAAAAGAAAAUUCUGA